CUUGAAUUGUAAUUGUUUAAAUCUGUUAGGGAUUCUCGCUUCGUACUAUGUAAAUUUUUUAAUAAUGCUGUAUUUGUGAUUUCGUGUUUCAUAUAUAUUUUAAAAGAAAUACAUCAAAAUUCAUUGAGCACUUAGAAAGGGCAGUCGGAUAUAUUUCUACAUCAGUUUAAGAUGAGAGAGCCAAUAAUUUUAAAUGUUUAUGAUAUGUACUGGAUAAAUGAGUACACAUCUGCAUUAGGCCUCGGUGUUUUCCAUUCUGGUGUAGAAGUUUAUGGCACAGAAUUUGCAUAUGGUGGUCACCCUUUUCCAUUUUCUGGAAUCUUUGAAAUAAGUCCAAGAGAUGCAGAUGAUUUGGGUGAACAAUUCAAAUUCAAACAGUCUCUAUUAAUAGGCCAUACAGAUUUCACAGAUAGCGAUGUUCGUCAAAUAGUUGAAGAACUGGGCAAACAGUUCAGAGGAGACUGGUAUCAUCUCAUAACAAAAAACUGCAAUCAUUUUUCUGGUGCUCUUACUCAAAUCCUGUGUGGAAAAGACAUUCCUUCUUGGGUAAAUAGACUAGCUGAUAUGAGUUCCCGUGUACCUUUUCUUCAGCGAUGUCUCCCAAAGGAAUGGCUGACUCCCAUUGCACUUCAGGCAUCUAUACAGGAGAACGUUGAAUCUUCAACUAGUCAGCAACAAAAAGAGGAAAAUCAACUUUGACGAUCGGCCUCUUGGCCAGGGGCUCAGCAACCCUAAAGUGCCAUUUUAUGCAGCAGAAGAAACCUUCUGAAACCAAAGCUGUAGCCAGAAUUUGAGGGUUUCAUUAUUUAAAAUUAAAUGUAUCACAUCUUAAAAGUUAUUUUAAAUAACAGAAUCUUUUUUAUGUCAUAUGUUGAAUAAAUUAUUUUACUUUUAUAUGCGAAA